CUCUUUUGAUGAGUACUUGGUAGAUAUGUCAUUGAUCUUUUAUAUUAACAGUCAAAACCUAGUUUAACCAGUUAGUCUAAUAUUCUUUUUCCCCUUUUAUUCCUCUAUUCAUGAUGAAGAAGUUUGCUCAGAUCUUGUUUCUAAGCUGAACGCUUGCAAUGUUUUAUGCACCAGCAACUAUGCUUUUCCAAUUGUUUAUUUUUAAAUUCUUUUACUGUGAUUUUUCUGGAAAGAAAAAUUACCUGUUUGCUGACAGUGUGAUCAGACAUUGAAAGAGAAGUUUCCUUUGAUCAGGCACCUGAAAGAUGGUGUUUUAAAUGGGACAGGCGAUAAGGGCAGACUCUGCCCACCGACCCCUCAGGAUCUCAUUUCAGAAUUCAGUUACACCUGAUUCUCUUCACUCAACCAGGACUUUCUCAGAAAAGUCUCCCUUCUGGGCCUCAGGGCGCCCACUUGUAACAUGGAGAUGAGAGACUAGACCAGAAACUCUCAGUCAGAGUAACACUGCCCCUGAAGUGAUUGGCCAAAUUGGGUGUGUGUCUGUGUUUGUCUUCUUUUUGGAGAGAGUGUCUAGUUUUGUUUAGAAUUGUAUCUGGGUUCCUCUCUUCCCACAGGCUCGGGGUAGAAGUGACCGUAGUCAGAAAUAUUUCUCUGCAUUAAGUAUAAAUCCGAGGAGAGUUUAUGCCAGUUCUGGCACUCAGACCUGCACCGGCUCCUAUUUGCCCUCAGGACAAAUCCCAGCUCCUCCCUGUGGCUGCUCAGCCCUGUGUCAUCAGGGCCCUCAGUGUCUCCAGCCUCAUCCUGGGAGCUGACCCUGUUCUCAUGGUUCACUCUACCCUGGGCACAUUCACCUUUUGUCUGUUUCCAAACAAAAACUAUUUCUAUCUGACAUCAUAGUUCCUGUUCUUACCUUUUGCCUUGAAGUCACCAUGGCACAGGCCCUUUAUCUCCCUUCAGGUCUAGGCUCAGAGAGGGCUCGCCAUCUCCUCCUGACUAUCUGUGUCACAUUUUAUUGCCUCUGUAUCAAUCACCUUCAACAGAAAUGCCCCUCUCCAUUGAUUAUUUGGAGUCUUCUUCCUUUUCCGUUCAUUGAAGGAUGCACAGUGUUCCUCUUCUUCCCUGAAUAGCUGCGGCAUCUCCCUCUGGGGAUGUGUUUAGUGGCUGGGACUGUGGGUUGGGCUGAAUAAUCCUCAGGGGAGACCAGGGGAACACGGUAGGUGAUGAGAAUGGUUCCUACAUUUGUUCUGGACAUUUCAACUCUAAUUGAUUAUUACCCCAUAUGGCUGCUUAAUUACUCAAAAUAAGAGCAAAAAGAUGCAGGGAGUGCUAACAAUCCCUGCAGAACUGAUGUCCUCAUGUAGUAUGUUGAGGUGUCCCCAUGUUUAGUGUGCUGUGUCACUGCUCCACUGUAGCCCCCAGGUGUUCCAGGCUGUGCACAUCCAGGGACCAGUUGCCUCCUUGGACAGGAGCUUUGCCUUCCAGCAGUUCAUCUGCUCCGAGUCAGGGGUAGUGAUUUCACUGUGGUAACUGUGGGCCAAAGUCCAGAACCUAAGGAGGAAUGAAGGAGACUUCCCUCAGAGAGUUAGGGUAUCUUUUAAUUACCUGUGAGCUGGGAGAACAGGAGAGAAGAAACUUGGGACCAUCUGUCUUGGGGACAAGAAAUCUGGGGACCGCCUAUCUUUGAGUCUCCCACACUGCAUUCAAAUGUCCUUUGUAACUGGACUCCGUAACAUUCUUACUUUCUCCUAAGUUUUUACAGGAGGGCCAACUUUGUUGACCUGCAUGUUGAAUGCCCAGUGUCCUUUCGGUGGCAGCUUGUGUGUAUUCCUGUUGCGAUGGCUUUCCUGAGAGGUACUUUUGUCCUUUAGCCCUGUUUGCCCAUGAGUGCAAGGAGGAGAGGGAGAACAAUGGGAAAAUUGGAGGAGAGCCUGCAGGAGGUAUAUGGCAGCAAGUGUGGGCUUCAAGAUGAGCCCAAUGAAUGGUGUAUGCAUUUGUCCCUUUUGGGCUCAAGGGGUGUGUGAAACUCCUGGCAAGGGAUGUGUCAGUUCUGGCUGGAGCACCUGGAAUUGGGUUUAUGGGUAGUUGUGGGUGCAUUGCAUGGUUUGAGGUGCCAUAGUGUCUUAGCUCAGGUUCCCUGGGACAUAGCUGCUGACACUGAGGUUUCCAUGCAUUGGUUUAAUCUGGUAUUUCAUGGCCAUACAUGAGGAGGAAUGAAGGCAGUGGUUUUAGGCAAAGAGAAACAUUUUCCUCCAUUGUGGUUAAAAAAAGUGUGGCCUGAGCUGAGCCCACAGGGAUUUUUGGGUGCAGGAGGAUGGGUGCCUUGUCCUCAGGCAGUGGAGCUAGAGGGUGCCCUACAGCAUCCACUCCACAAGUGACUUGUUUUGGGUAUUCUGGGAGGUCAAGAAUCAUUGUGCAGGGAUACUGCUUUGGGAAAGAUCUCUGGUGUUCUCCUUACUUGCUGCAAGUAAUAAAUCCUUCCUGCUCCAGAAGAAAAAAAGGGAGAGAGAAAGAGAGGAAUCAUUGUGCAGUUUUUAGACUAAUAUGGAGGUCAGUUUGUUGUUUACCUUUGGUACUUUUUAGUAUUUUGUGUCGCAGAUAAAGAAAUUUUCAGUUGCACUGUGAAACAUAACGAAAGGGGAAUUGGAGUGUUGCCUUGGGGGAUUUUUGGGUCUCACUGGGGGAUGUCCAUCGUUGGAAACAUCUUUCUUUUAUGUGUAGUUUUUGAAGAUGACAGUGUUUGGGCUGUGGUUACUGUGAAUGAAAAUAUGGUAUUUUGCAUCUAUUGGUUCCUUGGGUGUCUUAUAUGUAUUUUUCCCUCUGGCAUGAUUUAUUAGAGUUUGGCAUGUUUUCUGGUAUUUUCUAGCACGAUGAGUUGAUCAUUAUGGGUUUUAUCGAGACUAUGUUGGACCCCAUGAAAGUUUGUAAGUUCAUUUGAGUCCAGAAGGGAAGUUAUGAGUAGUAAGCUUCAAACAGCAGAAGGUUUUCAUUAGGGAGAUUUUGCUAGGUAUGUUUCUGUGGACAGAACCUGAGAGGGGCCAUUAAGUUCUUUAAUGUAGGGAGAGAUUGUUCCAAGAAUCAGAGGGCCAGCAACACCACAGUGAUCAGUAAUACAGAGGCACGUUCUUGGGAAGGUGUAGCCGCUACUUUCUUGCUGCCAGGCCAGUGCUGGUUCCUCUACGGUCCUCUCCCUGUCUCAACACACACACACACACACACACACACACACACACACACACACACACACGAACGCUUGUGCUUCAUUGGUGGGAAUGUAAAUGAUAUGGCUAUUACGGAAAACAAUUUAGAGAUUCCUCUGUCUAGAUAGCCAAAGGAAAUGAAAUCAUUAUAUUUAGGUAAAUAUUUGCAACAUGUUCAUCUAAUGUUCAUCGUGCUAUCGUUAAUCAUACUGUGUUUCUAUAUAUCUGGUAUUUGCUGAGAGAGUAACACUUGAGUGUUCUUAGCACACAGAAAUAAAAUGGUCGUUGUGAGUUGAUGGACGUGUAAAGCACUCUGUUAUGAAUAUUACAGAGUGUAUACAUCCGUCUAAUAAGCACAUUGGAUGCCUCAUAGGUACACCAUUGUUAUACAUCUGUUAGACCUCAGUAAAGCUGGAAAAUGAAAAGCAGGUGGGGGCUGUGCUGGGCUUGCCUCCUGUGAGUGCUGCUCAACCCAGGCGUUUCCUUAGAUCGAUGAAGAAUUUUGUACAGACAUGUUUUGUACCCUCUGACCAGGGAUUCCUCUUCAUACUGUCAGUGUGGGGGUCCAACCUCAACAAUAUUUGAGGUGCCCCAGGAUGUUCCAAUCCGGAUCCCUCACUGAGCAUCGUGACUCUGAGUCCCCCCGUUCCUGAGGGCUGAGAUCUGGGCUGAGGGUGAGGGCUCUGCUCUGCCUGGGGAUGGAUCAGGGCUGGUCUGUGACCUGCAGGGGAUCGUCGGGUCCAGCUGAGGUGCCCGCUGCUGCUGGGUACGUGAGGGCCUCACCAGGAGGGGAGCCUGAUCUGAAGGAAAGGGUGGGAAAACUCACUGGUUGGUCUCUGUGUGGGAGUUAUUGUCCCGAGUCCCUCCUGGGACAGUGGGCAGCAGAGGACCGUCUGUUCCCCAUGCUGAGGGCUUCCCUGUGCGUGUGGUGGUGACUCAGGAAGGGGGUGUGUUGAUUCUAAGCAUUAAACAGCUUGUUUUCCACUUUCAGGAUCGACCUCUAAAGACUCUUGUCUGAGGAAGAAGCCCAGAAGAGGAGGGAGAGGAAAGAAAAGGAGUCUGGAAUGGCUCUUUCUCAGGCACAGUUGACCUUCAAGGAUGUGGCCAUAGAAUUCUCUCAGGAGGAGUGGGAAUGCCUGGACCCUGCUCAGAGGGCCUUGUACAGGGACGUGAUGUUGGAGACCUACAGGAACCUGGUCUCCCUGGAUAUCUCUCACUUACAUGUGAUCAAGAAAUUACAACUAAAUGCAAACACUGAUAGAGCAGAAGUAUUCCAAACACUGAUAUUGGGAAGACAUGAAAAAAUCAAGCCUUUUUACCUCAGGGAAAUCCAGGAAAAUGAACAUGACUUUGAGUCUCAGCCAAGAGACGAGGAAAGAAAUGAUAAAGGAAUGCCUGUAAACCAUAACAACAAGCUGGCUGAUAAGAGAGAUCGACAUGGUAGAAGUGUUGCAGGAAUCAAGCCUAUUGAAAACAGGCUGGCAUUAAGCUUUCAGGAUGAACUGCUUAUGUUCAAAAGUGAAGAGAAAAUUGAUGAAUUUAAUCAAGCUGACAAGAGUAUCAGCAUUAGUGCCUCAUUUUCACCACUUCAAGGAACUUCUCCUACUGUCCAAACCACCAUUUCUAAUUCAUAUGAGAAUGAUUUUAUACAUCCUUCGAUACUGACACAAGACCAGAGUGCAUGCAUGGAAAGCCCUUACAAAUGUAAUCAGUGUGGCAAAACCUUUCAUCAGGGCUUAAAUCUCACUCAGCAUCAGUUGAUCCAUACAAAAGAGAAAAUACUUAAUUGUGAUGUAUGUUGCAAAGUCUUUAGUCGAAAUUCAGACCUUGCAAUUCAUCGAACAAUUCAUACUGAAGAGAAAUCUUACAAAUAUAACGAGUGUGGCAAAACCCUUAAUCAUGCCUUGCAGCUCACUGGACAUCAGAUAAUCCAUACAAAAGAGAACUUAUAUAAAUGUGAUGUAUGUGAAAAAGUGUUUAGUCAAAGUUCAUACCUUGCAGUUCAUCAGAGAAUUCAUACUGGAGAGAAACCAUACAAAUGUAAUGAAUGUGGCAAGGUCUUUAGUCAGAAUUCAUACCUUGCAAAACAUCGCAGAAUUCAUACUGGAGAGAAACCUUACAAAUGUAAUGAGUGCGGCAAGGCUUUUAGUCAAAAAGGAAACCUUGCAAGUCAUCAGAGAAUUCAUACUGGAGAGAAACCUUACAAAUGUAAUGAGUGUGGUAAGGUAUUUAGUAUUAGAUCAACCCUUGUCAGUCAUCAGAUAAUUCAUACUGGAGAGAAACACUACAAAUGUAAUGAGUGUGGCAGAACCUUUUAUUUUGGCUCACACCUCAUACAACAUCAAAUCAUCCAUUCAGGAGAUAAGCCAUAUAAAUGUGAUGUAUGUGGCAAAGUCUUCGGUCAAAAUUCAUACCUUUCAGUUCAUCGGAGAAUUCAUACUGGGGAGAAACCUUACCAAUGUAAAGACUGUGGCAAAAUCUUUAAUCACAGCUCAAACCUCAGGAGACAUCAGAUAAUCCAUACAGGACAGAAAUUAUGUAAAUGUGAUAUAUGUGGCAGAGUCUUUAGUUAUAAUUCAUACCUUGCAAUUCACCGGAGAGUUCACACUGGAGAGAAACCUUACAAAUGUAGUGAGUGUGGCAAGGUCUUCAAUCGGAAUUCAAAUCUCGUAAUUCAUCAGAGAAUUCAUACUGGAGAGAAGCCUUACAAAUGUGACGAGUGUGGCAGCUGCUUUAGUCGAAAAGCAUACCUUGCAAAGCAUCAGAGUGUUCAUACAAAAGCGAAACCUUACAAAGAUAAAAACUGUUGAAAAACCUUUACUUAGAUCUCAACUCUCACUACAUAUCAGGUAAUAAAUACAAAGGGGGAAUCAUAUUAACGUGAUAUAUGUGGGAAGGUCUUCACUCAAAAUUGACACUUUGGGCUUCCCUGGUGGCACAGUGGUUAAGAAUCUGCCUGCUGAUGCAGGAGACACAGGUUCGAUCCCUGGUCUGGGAAGAUCCUACAUGCUGCAG